AGCGCUGAUCCUGAAAGAGACUUCUUCUCACCCGUCCCAGUCUGUGUGCUCUCCCUGCCCCCCCUCCUCUGCACUGUCCUCGCUAGCCUGUCUGUCCGUCGAAGUCGACCUCGACGACGACGACGCCGACGCCGACUGCGGCUACGACACCCCCCUGACGCCCUCUUCUCCCGUCCGUCGCCCGACUCCCCCCCGCGACUGCCCCGCCGCACUGGCCCACAACACUCCGGUCCGACCGCCAUGGCCAACAACAGACCCGUCACCUCAGCUGGCCGUCCUCGCACUGCCGGCCCCCCCGCCUUCGAUCACGACACCCCCUACGAUCACAACACAUACAUCGCAGAGGACGACGACGAAGACGACGAGAGCGACGCCGGGGACCUCUUCGCCUUCCUGGCCCCCUCCACCGCAGAUCAGCAGAGAGACUCGAGCCUCCAGCAGCACCUCAGUCCCUCGCCCGACUACGCCCAUCUCUUUGCAAACGCGCUCCCCCCGGCAGAUCCAUCCCCUGUCGCCUAUCCCUCCCCCACAUUCGACCCCUACGCUCGUUUCCCCGCGGACGCCGCUGGUCCUUCCAGUCGUUUCACUCCUCCCAUUUCCAGUCAGCCCGUAGAGAGCCCCCCCUCGACUGCCUCACAGCAGGGCGGCGCGCAUGACCCAUACCGCAUGCGCAGACUCAGCAACCCUCGCACUGGCACUGCCGAAACAAGACCCAGCGGCACAUCCUCACGCGACAUUCACGUCAACCUCCCCUCCAGUCCACGGGAAAAGUCCCUCGAAGUCGAAUACUCGGAGAUCCCUUCCCGAAAACGACACCCCUCCUCCACAAUCGGUCCAGACACCACCACACUCAGUCUGACUCCGAGCAUGUUGGAACAGGACAGCCGAGACGGUUCGAUAAAAAUGGAGUUUGACUUUGACGCCAUCAACGAAGAAGACAGUCCUUUUCCGGAAGUACGCGCUUCCGUCUCAAAUAUUGAUGACCCAGACAUGCCCGUCAUGACCCUCCGCAUGUGGAUCAUCGGUCUCCUUCUCAGUUUGGUCGGCGGGUCUAUGAACGUCUUCUUCAAUUUCCGACAACCGGCUGCGAACGUCACGCCUCUCGCUCUCGUCGUCAUCGGUUAUCCCAUGGGAAAGUUCUUCGCAUUCGUUCUUCCCAUCUCCACUUAUCGCUUCCCCCGUUGGUUGGGCGGUUUCGAGUUGUCUCUUAACCCAGGGCCAUGGAACAUCAAGGAACACGUAUUGGUAUACAUCAUGGCAAACGUAUCCAUAGGAACUCCUUACGCCAUCAACGCCAUCGUCGUUGCACAGAUGAACUACAAUUUCCAGGCCAGCUACUGGUUCAGUGCACUGCUCGUUGUCGCCACACAACUUACGGGUUUCGGUCUCGCCGGCAUAUGUAGACGCUUUCUCGUUCAACCACCUAGCAUGGUCUGGCCUCAGAACCUCGUCACAUGCACACUGCUCAACACUCUUCAUGCCGAGGAAGAGGAGCAAGGCGGGAUCUCCCGUUACCGCUAUUUCCUAUACGUCUUGGGAGGCGCCUUCUUUUUCUGGUUCAUUCCGGGUUAUCUCUUCCAGGCACUGUCCGUGUUUUCCUGGAUAUGUUGGAUAUUACCGAACAAUAUUCCGGUCAACCAGCUUUUUGGCGUCUCCUCGGGGAUGGGUAUGAGCGUUCUAACAUUCGACUGGACAGAAAUCGCAUGGAUAGGCAGUCCCCUUAUGUUCCCGUGGUGGGCACAAGUUCACAUGUUUCUCGGAUUCGUCCUCUUUUUCUGGAUCGUCACGCCUAUCAUGUAUUACACCAACACAUGGAACCUCGCCUAUUUCCCGAUGAAUGACGAUAAUCCAUACGACCGUUACGGCAACGUCUACAACGUGAGCCGUGUGCUGGACAGCCAGAAUCGAUUCAACGAGACGGCGUAUGACGAUUACUCUCCCCUUUACCUCCCGGCCACCUACGCAAUGGCGUACCUCCUUGCCUUUGCAUUGUCGACGUGCGUUCUCGUACAUACGAUCUUGUACCACGGCCGCAGCCUGUGGAAUGGCGUAAAGAGGAUUCGAGUGGAGCAGGACGAUAUUCAUGCCAAACUCAUGAGACAGUACCCAGAAGUUCCCGACUGGUGGUACUGGAUAUCGUUCGUAGUCUUUUUUCUUCUCAUGGUCGUGGUGGUCGAGGUAUGGCACACCUCGGUACCGGUUUGGGCACUUCUGCUCUCUGUCAUGCUACCGUCUCUCUACGUGCUUCCCUCUGGGUUCAUAUAUGCCAUGACUGGCCAAGCAGUCACGUUAAACUUGCUUGCUCAGAUCAUUCCGGGUACUCUCAUAGCUGGAAAUCCAGUUGCUAACAUGAUUUUCAAAGCGUACUCGACGCAGACGCUGUCGGAAGCCAAUUCAUUCGUACAGGAUCUGAAGCUGGGUCAUUACGUCAAAGUGCCACCACGAGCGACCUUUGUUGUCCAAGCAGUUGGUACAGUGUUGGCCUCACUCAUUCAAGUCGGUGUCAAGCAGUGGAUGUUUGACAACGUCCCGGAUAUAUGUUCCCCUGACCAAGCGAGUUUCCUUACCUGUCCGCACAAUUCAGUCUACUUCACCGCGUCCGCAGUUUGGGGCCUCAUUGGACCAACUCGUCAAUUUGGCAAGGGCGCAUUGUAUUCCCCCGAAUUGUACGCCAUCAUCAUCGGAGCAUUCUUACCGCUUCCCUUCUGGCUCUGGCAACGACGAUACCCCAAUUCAUGGGUCAGGUUUGUCAGCACGCCCGUCGUGCUGAACGGCGUGUAUGCCAUACCACCCGCUGCUGGCAUCAAUUACUCUUCAUGGUUUGCGACGGGCUUUGUGUUUCAGUAUUUGAUUCGAAAGAAGAACUUUGCUUGGUGGAGCAAGUUCAAUUAUGUCACGAGUGCUGCUUUGGAUAGUGGCACCAUAUUAUCUGCUCUUGUAAUCUUUUUCACUUUGCAAUACCCGAACGGUGGUGUUUACCUUAAUUGGUGGGGAAAUACGGUGUACCAAAACACUGCAGAUUAUAGUCGCUUAGCGUUGAAGAAGAUCCCGUCGGGGGGUAUUCCUUUACAAUAAUUGUACCUAGUUAUAAGAGAAAGACAUCUGCAUCAAUAUCAUCCAACUCUCAUUUUAACUUCCCAUCACUCUUUAGUGUUACUACUACAUUAUCGUAUUUGGUUCUCUCUCUUUUUUCUUUCUUUCUGCUUUCGUUCCGCAGUAGUGAAUGCGGUGAUUACGGUUUGCGCCUAUACCUGGACUGGAUCACGCACGGCAAAUUUUAGAUAGACUUUAUGCGAUAGUGGUAACUAUAUAGCGCGCGGUGUUGUGUUUUUUUUUGGAUUAAAUACUGAUGGCCUUGUCGGUUGGAGACCAAGUGUUUCAUAUUUUUACAUAAAA